UGAGCUUAAAUCCAUGACUAGCUUCCAUUAUUUUAAUCUUCCGGGGCAAUGAUAGAGCACGUUCUCCAGCAUGUUCCUCGUGGCUGCGGUGCCUGAUCGUCAAUGCCGCGACAGCGUUAUUCUGCCGUCUCCCACCGCCUUCAGGUGAACACGCAACGGGUCGUCUCUUGAUCAACCGUUUCACCUUCGCAGACAACGAGGGCAACGGCAAUUUGCCAGCAAAAGACAGGACCUGACCCCAGCAUCGCAUACCUGGCAUCUUGCAGUCGAACGUGACACUCUUAUCUUAUACGCCAAUAUGGAGCAGCAACCACUCCAACCGCAGCCCCAACAGGGAGACCUGAACUGGCGACUCAGUGCACACCCCAUCACCCUCCUCAUAUUCCUAGGAUUCCGUCUGGGUGCGCUGUUGAUGUAUUUGUUCGGUGUUCUCUUCAUUAAUAACUUCAUCCUGAUCUUCAUCCUCACCCUGCUCCUCCUCUCCGCGGACUUUUACUACCUCAAGAACAUCGCCGGCCGCCGCCUUGUCGGUUUGCGCUGGUGGAACGAAGUCAACACCGCCUCCGGCGACUCGCACUGGGUCUUUGAGUCCGCAGACCCAAACACCCGCACCAUCACUGCAACAGACAAGCGCUUCUUCUGGCUGAGUCUCUACGUGGCUCCUGCGUUGUGGAUUGCCCUGGGAAUUCUGGCUAUUGUUCGGCUGAACAGUGUGAUUUGGUUGACUUGCAUUGCUAUCGCCCUUGUCCUGACGAUCACGAAUACGACUGCGUUCUCUCGAUGUGACCGUUUCAGCCAGGCCUCGACAUUCGCGAACAGCGCAUUCGGCGGUGCGAUUGUCAGCAAUCUUGCUGGGGGCUUGAUGGGGAGGCUCUUCCGCUAGAUUGUGGCUUGUUAGUGGAGUUAGAUUAUAACUAGUCUCGUCGUGGAAUUGUGGACUGAAUCUUUUGAAUUUGUUCAAUGCAACGCCGCUGUACUAUACAAUGAACACAGACCUUUUGGAUAUUCGCAUCGCGUGGUAUACACCAAACGGUUGAAUUAUUUGCAAGACGAGCACCACUGAAGUAUCCUUCACGAUGCCAUCGUCAGUGUAUUUGGGCUGUGCUGGUCGCAGUUCGUGUCUACAAAUAUAGUCUUGGUAUCCAGGUCUCUAUUCUAGCUCAUAGUAAUGGGUAUGACGAACAUGUCUACAACAAACCGAGAUAGAACGAAAUCGAAAACAAAGUCAGCACCUAGCCUAGUAGCUCGCUUAGGGGAUAUCUCAAUCAAACCAUAUCAUAUAAACGGAACCCGCCUCGCUUGAACAAACCUAACACCAACAAGGUAAAUAAAAAAAAAAAAAAAAAAAAAA